UAGCGCAAGAACUUUGUCUGGCUAACUUCGCAUCGAAUUCAUUUUCCUUGUUUCACAGUCUCAAUCUUUAUCGCUUGUCCUGGUACCAAAGUUGUAAGUCUAACAAGAGCAAAUUACGUCUACAAGAAUUAGCAUCAUCAGUAUGCAAUCGGAUCUGACUGCGCGCGUUUACGCUGUAUGCGAUCCCGGUAGCGUGGAUUUCUGUUGUGCGUUCGAAGAUUUGACCGAUCUCGAGACCGAAAUAGCUGUCCGCUUGGACCAGGAAGCUGAGCCACACUAUGCUGGUGCAAAUGCAAACAUUAUGGUAGAGACCGGGCUCGCAGGGAGCGUAAAAAAUGUCGAGUCCGAUAGUACUUGAAUAGAAGAUAGUUCGAGUGCAAGUGCAUUACCUCUUGAUAUAAUGUGGCGCUCUUGAUCAUGAACAUGAUCGUCAUGUGGCUUCUCAGAACAUGGUGAAGAAAUAGUCUGAAUUUUGAUGCUCUAAGAACUAGGCAGAUUUGCGCGCAUUACUUGCAGUAGUGCAGUUGCAGGUCCUGUUUUGCAAGUUCGACACGGCUCUAGGGGAGCGACGUUACGAGGCAUGUGGCCAGAGUUAUCGCAAAGCGAAAGAAAUCGUCAAUCAGCACCUUCUCUGCAAAGAUGCAGGUGCUCUCUUUCCUUCAACUUUCAGAGUCUUAAUUUGUUUACAGUACUGCGUUGAUUUUCUUUUUCGUGCUCGAUCUCAUACUAAAUGUAAAAAUGGUUUAGACAAGUACAAGAUUUCUUUUUCUUCUCCUUCAGUAUCUUCGAUGAACAAAUUAGUUACGCAUAACAGGUGGUCCUGUCCCGAUCUUGUCGCACAUCGCGCGGCUUCUUGACGUCCAGUUUCGACAACGAGGUGUGCUGUUUUCCAGUCGGAUGGAGCGUGGAUUUCAUAGCAUCUUCUCAUUCCUUCCCAACACCAUUUGCAUCGCCACAGAACGAAAUAAGCAGGUUUGGGAAGGUCUGCGCACGAUGGGCCUUCUGGAUGCCAAGGCCCGGUGGUUAACGGAAAAAAUCCACAAGUUCGUAUUGAUUCCGCUCUUUGUGGAACACCGACGAAAGAAGCUGUCUGCGCGAAUAUUUAAGCCCCACGAUGAAGUCAUCGUGUGGUCGUUUGUCGACGAUCAUGAGCGUUUGGAGGAGGGCGAAGACGGGCUAGAUUUCCUUCUUGGCAUACUGGGAAGCAUGAUCGGGUACCACUUUAUUGUUGUGUUCAGGUAACGACGCAAUUAAUAUACUUACUUAGACUUGGAAAUAUCCUUUAAUACGAUAGUCUGCAUUUUCAUCUGCCGACGAUGCUACCAUGAACAGCAGGUAUCUUCGUGACUUUGUUGCAGAUAGGUCCGCAGUUGAGGCAAUAGGAAGGCAUGCGUGGCCAGUCAUCGUUGAUUUUCUGCGUGAGUGCGCUGGAGAUCCUGCGCUCUUGACGGAUUUCGAAGCGAAGGCGGCUUCCCUCGACUUUAUCUCUGCAAGUGAUUGCACUUUGGGCACGCUGGCUGCGGAGCGCAAGACGGGAGUGCAAGCUCGGGCAAAGAUACUAGAGGACGCUAGGUUAUGUCAAAACUGCUCAGAACUUGAAGUUCUUUUCAAACAACGUGCUGGGCUAGUACGUUUUGAUGAAAUCUAGUCUUAUUACAUCGUUGUUCUAGAUCUAGUAGUAUCUUUAUUCAGACAUCCAUGAUUGUCUCACGUCUCAAUUGAAACUACUGUUGUUGCCCCUUUUCAUUCUGAAACUGGAUGGUCUCGCAGGACAUGACAACUGUUCAAGUGAGCGCCGCUUCGAGCAGCAGCAUUAUGAGUGGCAUCGACAAGGAUCUCAGUGGCUACCUAUUUUCAGCGUGCUGUGUCUCCCAAUCUGCUUGUAAGUUAGUGGAGAAAGUUCGUAGCAGUGUUGUUGCCGGUAUUCGAGAUCCUCUGACUACGAAAGAUCAGCAGGCUCUGUCGAGACAAUUGAUCACGCUUUUUCUGCUCGUGAGACCACACGUGCACCGCGAACGCCUGACUACGGACGCCUUCAGUUGCGGGAUUUUCUUCAACGACUGCAUGUACUUCGCGUUCCAACUGACAGUGUUGCCUUUCGAGCAUGGCGCCAGCCGUCCUAUCACGUGGCUCGUCGAUUUUGUGCCCACCCUGCGGAAGCUUGGGCAAGCGCACUUGGUGGCAUUACUGAAACACGUGGGCGCGGAGACGCGACGACGUUGUAGACAUCUGUAUGCGUACUUGAGUGCAGUGAGCGAGGACGCAAAUUACGCCGCAUGCGAAGCGGUUUUGAACGCGUCGAUGCAAUACCUACGCACAGCUCUGAGUUCCCUUUCCGCAGUGCUGCCGAAAACCAAACUUCUAGUUGCGAUCACCUCGAUGCUCACGGAGCAGUAUUUGGAAGUCUUAUUGCGCAGCUUGCUUGUCGAAGAUCGAGUUCGAGACCGAGCAGCAGGAAAUGGUGCUCAAGGUCAAGGCGGACUUCAUUUACGAAAUAGCGACCCAGCAAAUGAUGUGCCGGGAGCUGUAAAGAUUGGUGGUUUGCAACAGGUCGAACAGUUUUUUGCGAGCGGGGAUGCACGCGUGAUGGGGUUCUUAGGACAAGCCAGCCCACUUGCUUCUGGUGGCCCAGGAGCAGGUUUUGGUUUGGGCAUACCUGCAGGAGCUGCACCAAGUACGCCUUCUUCCUUCUUGCCCUUUUCGCCGGAUCCGCCUCCGCUUUCCGAGCGUGCCUCGAUCUUCGACAAGGUGCAGCGUCAGUUCCGGCCGCCCCCGUUGGACGCGAACUUCAAUGAGAACGCUUUUCCCAGGGCCACCGCUUCAUCGGGCCCUAGGCAGGUGGAGCAUAGUACUCUUGGUUCCCGCAAUAGCACGGAGGAAAUGGCAGAUCGCAACUGCAUAUCCUACCUCUUCAGCUCGGUCCGUGUCCAGAUAGAGCAGUUGAAAUGGGCACCAGGCGGACCUAGUGUUUUCGGUGCUGGCGGUGGAUCCACAGCCUCUUCUCCGGUGUCAGUUUCCUCUCUCGCACCCAAGGGGGGCCCUGGAGGUGGAGGCUCUUUAGGGAAUGGGAAAUACCAAACAUGUUUCGACGUAAUGGGUGGCCUCAUUCAAAUGUUGGAGAACGAAGAAAUGACAUACGCUGAAGUGAAACAAAACCUGCAUAGUGCGCUUGCUUCGGUUGAGGCUAACUCACCCUGAUGGUGAUGAAAAUGAUAGUCUCAUCUUUGCUGGUACCCUCCCAUUCUUGUGAUUUCAACUUCGCUACCACUUGUAGUGAUUAACACUAUUUAGCUGCACGACCGACGACCACAUCACGACAGGUGUAGUAUUUCUACGAUUUCUUUGUUCAAUGUCUGUUUCUGAGCUGCGACAAACCAGAGAGUAAGUAACGAGCUGAUGCUGAUGAUGAUCUGCUUCGUACAACAAUGCGAAGGCGAAGGCGGGACGAAAGUGAAACUUUCCGGAAAAUAAGCUAAAAGAUCUAUGUGGUCAAAAAAGAAUUAUAUUGAGUAAGUAAAAUAUCG